ACUGACUGGUUGUUGUCAAUUUGUUUUGAUCAUCGUAAAAUUUAAAGGACCAAUUAAUCAUCGUUAACAUACAAAUUGUUUUAAUCAACACCACAUCAGAGGAUGGAGGAAGAAGGCGAACGUAUCUUGACACAGUUUGUCUCAGAGACCGGGGAAACGACAGGCGACCCGUUCGAUCUGCCAGUCAAUGUCACCACAGAGAAGCUGCAGCUGAUAUGCAACGCCAUACUACAGAAGGAGGAGGCAGUACCAUACUCUUUCUUUGUGAACGACGCCGAGGUCACCACUAGUCUCGAGGAGACGUUGAAGACUCAGAAACAAGAGACAGAGAAGGUGUUGAACAUCAUCUACCAGCCCCAGGCCGUCUUUAGAGUCCGGGCCGUGACCAGGUGCACCAGUUCCAUUGAGGGGCACGCGGAGGCUGUCAUCUCUGUUGCGUUUAGUCCAGACGGCAGGUACCUGGCCAGCGGAUCAGGUGACACCACGGUGAGGUUCUGGGACGUCAACACAGAAACACCGCAUUUCACCUGUAAAGGACAUAAACACUGGGUUCUGUGCAUAGCCUGGUCACCAGAUGGACGGGUGCUAGCCUCAGGUUGCAAAAAUAGUCAGAUUCUUUUAUGGAAUCCAGACACCGGCAAGCAGGUCGGCCGGCCGCUGACCGGCCACAGACAGUGGAUCACAGCGCUGGCCUGGGAACCGCUACACAGCAACGCCAACUGCAGACACCUAGCCAGCUCAUCAAAGGAUGGAACAAUACGUAUCUGGGACGUCGUGUUAGGAACAUGUCUUCGGUCUCUAUCGAGCCAUCUACAGUCGGUUACGUGCGUCAAGUGGGGCGGAGAAGGGUUACUGUAUACGUCAUCUCAGGACAGGACUAUCAAAGUAUGGAGGGCAGAAGAUGGUGUACUGUGCAGGACGUUACAGGGACAUGGCCAUUGGGUGAACACCAUGGCCCUAAGCACAGACUACGUCAUGAGGACGGGAGCGUUUGAUCCCACCAAGGCCUCACAUGUUUACAGGACAGUCACAGAGACAGCUGAGGAGUUGUCCAAAUUGGCACUGGAGAGAUACAACAGUGUGAAGGGCACAGAGCCUGAGAGGCUUGUUUCUGGGUCCGACGACUUCACUCUGUUCCUCUGGCAUCCGGCGGAAGACAAGAAGCCUGUGGCGCGGAUGACUGGGCACCAGCAACUGAUCAACGAAGUGGCCUUCUCACCGGACACCAGACUAAUAGCCAGCGCAUCGUUUGACAAGUCUGUCAAGCUGUGGGACGGGAGAUCGGGAAAGUUCAUAACAACACUUAGAGGCCAUGUCAGCAAAGUGUAUCAGGUAUCAUGGUCUGCGGACAGCCGUCUCAUAUGCAGCGGCAGCUCAGACAGUACCCUCAAAGUCUGGAACGUCAAGGCCGGCAAGAUCUCCGUCGACCUGCCAGGCCACGCGGACGAGGUGUACGCUGUCGAUUGGAGUCCCGACGGUCAGAGGGUGGCAAGCGGUGGGAAGGAUAAAAUUCUGAAAAUCUGGCGAAGAUAACUUGGUCGUAGACUGGUGACUUGACCUCCAACCGACAGUGGCAUCCCAGCUUCUGAUAAUUCAUCUGCUUCUGUGAAGUCUCACUUCAUUUCCUGCAGCAGAUCUCAACUUGAGCCUUUGCGAGGUCAUCAAUACAGAAUGCUGUACUGUCAUUCUGUCCGUUCUCAGACAUACUAGUGACCAGACUAUCUUCAUCCCUGCACAAAAAGUUAAACACUGGAAAUGGUCUAGGUUCAUUCAAGUGAAACCAUUAGUGUCUUUCAGUUUGACAUCACACUUCAAUUACUUUCGCAAAUUCCAUCUCAAGAAUAGUUUGGUUGCUGUACACGCUGCUACAUCAGAUUUGAACCAGCCAGCCAACCCCUGCAAGCUCGGUGGUUGAGUGGUAAGACGUCUGCACUAGUAAGCAGGAGGUCGUGGGUUCGAGUCCCACCAGAUUAGAUUUUUUUCUCACAAUCACUCGGGACAACACCAAGUAUACAAUGCUUAUAAAAAUACGUUGUUGGAAAACCCGCUAUUGAAAUUACUUACUUCUCCCAGUUUGCGUAUGAUACACAUUUGUAUGCUUUCGAUUUUUCCCGAUGUGUCUUUAAGUUGAAUCGGACUGAAACAGCCCUGUUUACUUUAACAAAGAUUUAGCUGAAAAGUAAUGUCAAAAUCCAUUUAAUUACGCAAAUUAGAGAAGUUCAAA